AUGACACCCACUGAGGCGAGUAAUCCAAAGAGAAUACUGGAAGUCUACAACAUUUUGUAUGGGGAUGUACUCAAGAGAAAACCUGUCCCCCCAAAACUAAAAGUGGGCGAUUUCGUUCGCAUCUCGCGCGAAAAACAACAGUUUGAGAAAGAAGGUGCUUACAACUGGAGCGAGGAAAUCUUUGAAAUUGUCAAAGUCAUUCCCCAUCAGCAGCCCGUCUAUCUGAUUGCCGACAUUGACCACCACGAACCGAUCGAAGGGCAUUUUUACGGAUGGGAACUCAACAAGGUCACGAAGCCCACGGUGUUUGAAAUCGACCACAUCGUGCAAACUAAGGGGAAGGGCCCGAAGAAACAACUUUUGGUGCACUGGCGCGGCUUCCCCAAAGCCUCGCGCUCAUGGAUUUUUGAGAAAGAGCUUAUACGUGUAUAA